AACCCUAAUCUAAAACCAAUCUCACUCAGAAACAAAAAAAAAAAUCAACCGCUCUUAAAAACUUCAACCGCUCUAAAAAAAUCAGAAAAAAUGAGAGAAUGCAUUUCAAUCCACAUCGGCCAAGCUGGAAUCCAAGUUGGUAACUCCUGCUGGGAGCUCUACUGCCUUGAACAUGGGAUUCAGCCUGAUGGACAAAUGCCGAGUGACAAAACAGUUGGCGGCGGAGAUGACGCUUUCAACACAUUUUUCAGCGAAACCGGCGCCGGAAAGCAUGUCCCACGCGCUGUUUUUCUAGAUCUGGAACCUACUGUUAUCGAUGAAGUUCGAACUGGGACUUAUCGCCAAUUGUUUCACCCUGAACAGCUUAUUAGCGGCAAAGAAGACGCCGCCAAUAACUUUGCUAGAGGCCACUACACAAUUGGGAAGGAGAUUGUGGACUUGUGUUUGGACAGGAUUAGGAAGCUGGCGGAUAACUGUACUGGGCUACAAGGGUUUUUGGUGUUUCAUGCUGUGGGUGGUGGAACUGGGUCUGGUCUUGGUUCGUUGCUUUUAGAGAGAUUAUCCGUUGAUUAUGGAAAGAAAUCGAAGCUCGGUUUCACUGUUUAUCCUUCGCCUCAGGUUUCGACCUCUGUUGUUGAGCCUUAUAACAGUGUGUUGUCUACUCAUUCGCUUUUAGAGCACACUGAUGUGUCUGUGCUGCUUGAUAAUGAGGCUAUCUAUGAUAUUUGUCGGAGAUCUCUUGAUAUUGAGAGACCCACUUACACCAAUCUCAACAGGCUCAUUUCUCAGGUUAUUUCCUCACUAACAGCAUCUCUUCGAUUUGAUGGAGCAUUGAAUGUGGAUGUAACAGAGUUCCAAACCAAUUUAGUCCCAUACCCACGAAUCCAUUUCAUGCUUUCUUCAUAUGCACCAGUUAUCUCAGCAGAGAAAGCAUACCAUGAACAGCUCUCAGUAUCAGAAAUAACAAACACAGCUUUCGAACCCUCGUCAAUGAUGGCGAAAUGUGAUCCACGCCAUGGGAAGUACAUGGCAUGUUGUUUGAUGUACAGAGGAGAUGUGGUGCCAAAGGAUGUGAAUGCAGCAGUAGCAUCAAUCAAAACCAAAAGGACUAUUCAGUUUGUGGAUUGGUGUCCAACUGGAUUCAAAUGCGGGAUCAAUUAUCAGCCUCCAACUGUUGUUCCAGGCGGAGAUUUGGCAAAAGUGCAACGAGCAGUGUGCAUGAUUUCAAAUUCGACUAGUGUUGCUGAAGUGUUUUCGAGGAUUGACCAUAAGUUUGAUCUUAUGUAUGCGAAGCGAGCUUUUGUGCAUUGGUAUGUUGGUGAGGGCAUGGAGGAGGGUGAAUUUUCUGAAGCUAGAGAGGAUUUGGCAGCGCUUGAGAAGGAUUAUGAAGAAGUUGGUGCAGAAUCUGCUGAAGGAGAUGAUGAUGAAGGUGAUGACUAUUAGGUUUUUCUGUUAUGUUUUUGUUGCCAAUGGACUUAUUGGUCGGUUUGCUAUAUGAACUUGUAGUUUAUCAGUAUCUUUAACUAUGUUGUUUACUUUCUAAAAAUCUAUGAAGCUUGCCUUUACAGUUAAUGAAGAUGUUGGCAGUUUACAGUA